CUUGGCUGUGCAACUAUCCUGUAUGCAUAUUUACAAGGUUGGAGAGGUUUAUAUCUUGUUUACCUGCCUGGCUUUUGGAAAACUAAUGUUCCUGUGGCAAAGAGGACAAUUCAGAAGAAGAGAUGAUUCCUUUUGCAAAGUCAGAGACCUUCUUAACAGACAUUUUGGAAAAUAUAUGCGAUCGGAUGAAUGAUUAUAAACUUGAGGAUGAUCCUGUAACUAAGAAAAAGAUAUUCAAGAGAUAUGCUCCGAGGAAGGAUGAGGAAAUAUAUCCAAUAUAUAAACAAUAUUUCUUUUAUUCUGAUGCUUAUAAACCCUUGAAAUAUGCGUGUGAAACUAUCAUAGAACAGUAUGAAGAUGAAAUAAUGUCAGUUAUCACUCGGGAGUCACACUCUCUGGCUGACAAGCUGUGCACUGAAAAAUCAGGUCUUUGUCAAGAAGCUGAGAUGCACAGUGAACUCUAAAAGGCAGCAAAUGUUGUUGUUGUUGUUAUCAGCAUCUGGAUGAAGAAUAUAAACUAAAAUAAUUCUACAUUCUCUACCUUCCAUUAAUUUUCAUAACAAGCCUUCAUAUAGACUGAUAAAUUAAUAUGCCUGUUUGUCUUGUCUAUUUCGGAUACUGCACUGAGUUAGUGGGGGGGAAAUCCUCAGUUAUAAAGCUGCUGUGUCAGUUCUACUCAAAAUCCCUGUGCUUUUCAUAGGAAAAACUGUUAAUUAUGAGUAAAAAUGCUGUUACAAAUCUAUGUGAGUUGUAUUUUUCUAAACUUUGUGCUGAUUAUGAUUACCUAAUUUAUCUCCAGAGACAGAAUCGCCCAUUUUAAAUGAGAAAUGUUUAGGGUUCCUUCUAAUUAGCAACCAAUCUCCUGAUUUAUUUUCUGUAGCUUUAGAUCAAUGGUAGGGCAGUUUUCUAAACAGGUAUGCAAGCCAUCCUUCAAAAUUGAUGUGCCUCAUAUAAAAUUGUUUUACUUAGGAGCAAAGGGUCACCAACAGGUUUUAUAUCCUGGAUUUGGGAAAAGAAUGAAUAAUGAAAAUGAAAUAAUUGAUCUAGUUGGCUGAUCUAGCUGGGCAAUCCAAUCAGUUCAUAUGGUACCUGCUUAUGCCUUGUCAUAAUUUUUUUAAAAAAUCAUUUUGUAAGUAGGCAGCUUAGGUAGGAAAACAUGAUUCUAGCGCCAAUAAACCGUGUCUAAUAAUUUGAUUGGAAGGUAUUACUAACUCAGGAAUAUAUUUGUUUAUUGUUUCUUACACUGUAUAAUAAAAAGGUUUUCCUCAUUUCA